GUACUACCUGUGCCUGCAGCUGAGGGACGACAUCCUGUCCGGUCGCCUGCCAUGCUCAUUCGUCACCCACGCCCUUCUGGGCUCCUACACUGUCCAGGCUGAACUGGGAGACUACGAGGCCGACGAACAUGGCCCCGACUACGUCAACGAGUUCCGCUUUGCACCCAACCAGACACGGGAGCUGGAGGAGAGAGUGAUGGAGCUGCAUCGUAACUACAGGGGAAUGAGUCCAGCAGAGGCAGAGGUGAACUUUCUAGAAAAUGGCAAGAAGCUCUCAAUGUACGGGGUGGACCUGCAUCAUGCUAAGGAUUCAGAAGGAAUUGACAUAAUGCUGGGAGUGAGCGCCAACGGUCUGCUCAUCUAUCGGGACCGCCUAAGGAUCAACCGAUUCGCCUGGCCAAAGAUUCUCAAGAUCUCAUAUAAGAGAAGCAACUUCUAUAUUAAGAUCCGCCCAGGAGAGUACGAACAGUUUGAGAGCACCAUAGGCUUCAAGCUGCCCAACCAUCGGGCCUCAAAGCGAUUGUGGAAGGUCUGCAUUGAGCACCACACCUUUUUCAGGUUGGUUUCCCCAGAGCCCCCUCCCAAGGGCUUCCUGGUGAUUGGCUCAAAGUUCCGCUACAGCGGGCGAACCCAAGCCCAGACUAGACAGGCGAGCGCUCUGAUCGACAGGCCGGCCCCACAGUUCGAUCGGUCCGUUAGCAAGAGGUACUUGCUGGCCCGAAGUAUUGAUGGAGCCUCAGCUCUCGGUUACAGUAUGGAACAGCUGUCCCAGCGGAGUUCCAGUGAACGCACACAGUUCAUGUCCAGAGAAGACCUGGACCAGGAGGGCAGCCUGGACUUGGACCAAGAUCAGUACCAUUAUCAGGACCAAGAUCAGGACCAGUUCACAGAUCAGGAGCUAGAGCAGCAUGAUGACCAGGAUCAAGAUCAGAAACAUACCUACGGUGCACGAAUAUCAACUUCCACUAGGACCAUCGAGCUCAAGGGUGAGGAGGAAGGCACGUCUCUAGACUCAAAACCUGAGGAUCUGGCCACCCCUCGGCCCAAACAGGAGCAGCAGUUCUUGGAUAAGCCAGAAGAUGUUCUACAGAAGCACCAGGCCAGCAUCAAUGAGCUGAAGAUGGCUUUGAAGCAGCCUAACAGCAAGAUGGCCCAGAGGGAGAAACGCCUCUCCUCAGCUACUCCUCCAGGAGGAACCCCUGAGCGCAAAGCAGAUACACCUCCCACACCUGCUAUUCAUGAGGAACCUUUCAAUGAAGCUUCAAGGGAACCGUGGGAAAAACGUCUAGGUUCCGUGUCCGAGGACGACCAGGACCCCGACAUUCUGUACCUGAAGGAGACCCACCUGGGCAUCGAGAGGAAGUAUUCCAGCAUCACGGUCAGCUCCACGUCCAGCCUGGAGGCCGAGGUGGACUUCACUGUCCUCACUGACCUACACACUGGCAUGGAGGAGUUCUCCAAGGGCAUGACGGAGCUGGGGGACAGGGUAGAGUCACCUGACAUAGGUCUCUGCUUUAGCAUGGACAUGCUCCAGCAGCAGGCCCCCUUUGAACCACCCCCCCCCCUGGUGUCAGCCCCUUCGACCAAACAUAUCCAGGCAGAAGAAGUGCGGCCAGAGGUCAAACGGUCCGAUAUUCAGCCUGUUGUACCCAAAAAACCAAAGAGGUCCGUGCCGGUGUCAUCGUCAGUGGACAGAGAGUCGCAGAGAGAAGCCGGUCGCCAUCCUGCCAUCACACCGCUGAGCAGGGAGGCCAGUGACCUCAUGACCACCCCCACAGUGAGGAAGACGGACGUCAGGACGGAGACCCAGCCCAACGGCUCAGAGGUCACCACAACCAUCGUGGAGUUUACAGAUCAGGGUCACGGUAUCACCGGCCUGAGUGAAGUUUCCUACUCCACCAGACAGAGCAUAUCCCCUGUGCAUAUGGGAAGUCUUAGAAGAGAGGCAUCAGGGUCGCCUAUCCUCAUAACGGAAAAUGUUACUUCGGCAACCACUCACGUCUCCAAGACGGUGAAAGGAGGAUACUCCGAGACCAGGAUCGAGAAGAGGAUCAUCAUCACAGGAGACGAUGAUGUAGACCAGGAACAGGCUCUGGCUAUUGCAAUACAGGAAGCCAAGCAGCAGCAUCCAGACAUGCAGAUAACUAAGGCAGUGGUUGUCCGGGAAACAGAAUCGUCCACUGAGGAUCGUCACGGCUCAUCAGAGUCCUGAUUUUGUGAUACGAGAGCGCCCCCCGGUGGACCGGAAGUGGCAGUGCCCGGCCUGAAAUUCUCCCCCCCACCUCCCUUCUGAUAGACUUCUGCCAGUGGCGCAUAUGGAGCCUUCACACACACACCUGCCGCCUGCCCCCCCCCCACACACACACACAUAUACUUGCCACUGGAAAUCCGAACAUCUGGAACAAUUUAAAGAGAUCCCAAUCCGACUAAAUUCCCUGUAAAUCUCUCAGGGCUGCUACUGUAUAUUAAAACCACUUGCUUAAGUAUUCCUCGACGGUCAAAGGGAAUAAUUAAUUCACACUGUGGAAUAAUCCAGGGCCAUGUGCCAUGUUGGUACCCACAAAAUAGAAAAAAAACUAGGAGUGUCUUUUACAUGUCUGUGCUGCUGUACUGAAGAAUUCAUCGGAUUACUGCUGUGUGCUGUAAAAAAAAAACUGCUGUAAAAAAACUACUGUUUGUGCUUACACAUAGAAUAAUCCAUCACAUGUAUCUCUAGUAAUGAUGGGACAUCCAGUGAAGCAGGGUUCAGGUCCGUCCGUCCCCCCUCUGUUACACUGACUGAUGAGGAUGCACUGAGCAGAUCGGAUCAUGUAGAGCCAAUCAGAUCCUCUGUUGAUGAUUCCAGCCUGAGCUAAUAUUUUCUGCUCCUCUGUUGGUCUCACCUGAGAAUGUAGUUCUGUAAAAUGUAUUUGGCCAUGAAGUAUGGUUCGCUUCAUCCGGAUGGACCUUGUGGGGGCUGUUGAUACACACAGUGAACUCUUAUUUAUUUACAUGGUGGAGAUGUAAUAUACGACACCAGUUCCUCUCCUUUCACAGCCUUUAGAUAUGCUUUCAGAAGUCAGUAUGUAAUACCACUUUGGCCAUUUAGUGUAGUCGGUACGUAGAGUAUAGGCUCACACCCUUGUUCAGGUCACAGAACGGGCAGCUGUGUCAGUACAAUUAGUAUUUGAGAUCAUAUUUGCAUGAUAUGUUCUGGCAUUAUUGGAUUGUAAUUGAGUAUUAUAGACAUUAACUAAUAAGGGUAAUGGAUCAUGAUGUCCAAGAUAAUAAGGGCGACAAAUCUGAGGUUAAAUCGGAGUUUAUUAAAAAAAUAAAAAUAAGGAAAUUAAGCCUUCUGACAGGAAAUUAAGAAUAUUCAGAAGUAGUGGGACAUUUCGCAAUGCAUUCAGUUUUGUUAAUCCCAAGAUUCAAUGAUAGCUAAGUGGCUACAUUGUCCUCUCCUUAUUUUAGUGCUGAUACACAUAUCUUCAUUUUACAUAUCAAUUAGCUUUUAAUUUAAUCUCCCUGUGCAUAAACAUGAGGUAGACCUACAUGAGUUGUGGUGAAUGAUAUAUUUUGCAGAGUUAUUUAUUGUACAACACAUUUUCUCUGUCUUUGAAAAAUGUUGGGAUGCAUCUGAGCCCUUCCAAUAAUCUUUUGAGAAAAGUACAGUGUUAUACAUACAAUAUACAGUAGGAGCAGAAUAUGUGGACUUUUAAUUGUGUGUGAUUUGUCACAUGAAUGUUAGAGGAACGUAGUAUGCGAUGUAGGGUAGCAGUGAAAUUGUACAAACUCUGAUUUUAUAUUGAAAUAUUUGUAUGAAAAAGCUACAAGUCCAGAAAGUCAAAUGCAUAAACUUGACACGGCAAGGUUUCCCUUUAAUAAUGGUGUAUUUAACAUUACCUGCAAGGUCUCUGUCUCCUUGCAAACGUCACAUUUUAUAUAAAAAUCAAUACAUUCAGCAGCAAAAUCACUCAAUUGAGUAAAACCAUGUUAUAACCCCGUCAUGUAAGGUUUAUGAGGGUAUUACUGUAAUAUAACUUAGGCUUUCAGACGCCAAACCUUUCUGUCAACCUUCACGUGUAGUGUAAUUCCCGUUGUUAUUCAUAUUUUGGUUCAAAAUCCUUUAAAGUGAUGAUUAAUCAUGGAUGUCAACCUGGAAGGUAAAAAAUAAAUGCAGCCAUGUACCGUAUAUUUGAUGCCGUUUGAUGGAUUGUGAAGAUGUAAAGUAGUUAAUGGCAAUGGGCUUGAUGUACACUAGGGGGCACCUACCAAACAAAGAAGAGAGCUUUGCAACAACAUGGAGCAUUCCCAGCUGAAAUCAUUCUCACUAUUCCUCAAUAAGGUGCGAAACUAUCCAAAUCAUCCCUGGAUCAAGUGAUGAGAAACCGUCCUUCCUGAGUCCAGAAAAGGCGGGCCCUUGGACGUCUGACAAGUGAUGACCGGAGACAUUUGGCUGUGGAUGAGACACCUGGUGCUGACGUCUCAUUGGACGACCUCUGGCUGAUCCUUAAACCUCUGUACAAAGCUCCCCCCCUCCUCCUCAGCAGCUUCCUCCCCUCUGCUCUGCUUCUUUUGCCUGGUGCCGUGUCUUCGCUGUACAUUGUAAUUGCAUUCCUUCGAAAAUAAAUAAAGAACAGAA